AUGAAGAAGCAGAAGCAGAAGCAGAAGAAGAAGCAGAAGCAAAGCCCAUCUCUUUGGCAAGACUUAAACCCCUUCCUCCUCUCGAAAAUAUUCUCUUUCCUUGAUUUCAAUGACCAGCUAUUCCGUGCCCCUUUUGUCUGCCGUUCAUGGCUCUCAUCAACCGUGGACACCCUGUUCAAAAACUCCAGCCUUGACCUCCGGCUGAUCGACACCCUUGAUGAAGAAAACCAGCGGCUGAGAUUCACCCACCUCCUCAAACUGGCCUUGAACCAAUACCAUGGAUGGGUUUCCAUCUAUUUCCCCACCAAACACCUUUUUGGAUACUUUGGUACUCUGUAUAUAGCAGAGAGGACUCCAAGUGUUUCAUCUGUUGUGCUGUCUAGUUCUGGGGUUUGUGGGGAUUUUGCAAUCUUUGUCUCCCUUCUUUACUGGAAAAACUUGAAGGUUUUCCGGGCUCCGGUCGGCCCGGAAAACGGGUUCCAUCUGAUUUCACAACUGGCUGAUAGAUGCAAGAAGCUGAAAGAGAUCAGGCUUCAGGGGACAAUUAUGGAAAAGGAAGUCUCAAGCAUAGUAGAAGGGUUUCCUGGGCUCCAAAUUCUUGAUUUUUCCGAAUCUACUCUGUCUAGUAAUGCUCUGGAUAUUGUUUUUGAUGGGAGGUUGAAGUUUGUGAAGGAGAUUAACAUAUUGCAUUCCAAAGUCAUUGAUGAUGAAGGGAAGGAUAUCAGAGAGGAUUAUUGGAGAUUGAACGAGGUCAGGAAUAGGGUGCUUGAGAAAGCUGCUGGGAUCAAGAGCUUGAAGAAGUUAAGCCAUUGUUUGGUGAAGAACUGCCCAGAUUGCAAGGAUAGUCCUAAUCCAGAGGGAUAA